CCAACUUAUCCAACUCCAUGGCUAAUUGGGCGCAGCUGGGUUUGGCCAUGCACAGUCGACAUGUUUACAACGGAACGGACGACCCAAUCCAAAUAAUUAUCUCUAUAGUUCAAGGCAGCAGCUCAGAUGGCAGAGGCACCAACAGAUCCAAGCCUGGACAUUUUCUCGGAGCAAGAGUUGACCUGCUCCAUUUGCCUGGAUGUGUUCACCGACCCCGUCUCCACACCCUGCGGACAUAACUUCUGCCAGGCCUGCAUCGGGGGGUACUGGGCCUCCAGUCGCGUGUGCAGCUGUCCACUCUGCAAAAGACAGUUUGAUGAGCGGCCCCUCCUCAACAUCAACAGAGUGUUUGCCCUCAUCGCGGAUAAAUACAAGCACUCCCGUUACGGAACGCCGCUACAGAAGGGGCUGCCCACGGCCGCCGGCGGACAUGAAGAGCAAGCGGGGACGUGCGCCUACGCUGCCACUAACCCGUUUGCGCCACCGGACCCGGGCGCGCUGGUCAAUUGUGACAUUUGCACCGGGGUGAAGCGGGCGGCCGUGAGCUCGUGCCUCGUGUGCACGGCGGCCUACUGCGAUGAGCACGUGCAGCCGCAUCUGACGUCUGCGUUCUACGCCUCCCACAGCCUGCUGGACCCCCAGGAGGCGCUGCGUGGACGCACUUGCGCCGAACACAAGCACCUGCUGGAGGUGUACUGUAGGACGUGCCAGAGCUGUGUUUGUGGGAUCUGUGUCUUGGGGGAGCAUCGCACUCACCAGACGGUCUCCGUUCAGACGGAGAGACUUCACAAACAGAAACUGUUAUCCAGGUCCGAGUUGGAGAUAGUGAACCGCAUUGAGGGGAAGAAUCUUCGUCUUAUGGGGCUGAAACAGCAGCUCCAUGUCGUCACGAACUACGCCAACGGAGAACAGGCAGAGGUGGAGCAGCUCCUCUCUGAGCUGUCCGAGUCCAUGGAGAGCAUCCGGGCACUCCUGCUGGGCAGGAUGCAGACCAAGAGGGACGCCGUGAUGACCCACGGGGAGGGGCUGGUGAGCCGCUUGGAGGCGGAGCUAGGCCAGCUGGUGGAGAGGAGGGCCCUGAUGGACACCCAGGCCACCAGCCAAGACCACAUUAGAUUCCUGCAGGGUAGAAAACCCACACCCCACACCAGGUCCAUCUAG